GGGGAAUAAAAGGCCACGGGCGGCUUGAGGAAACGGUUAAUAGUCUGCUUCGUCUAAGCCCAGCUAUUCCUGGCCCUUUUCCCUGCUACCGCCUCUAUCCAGCGUUGCCCCUGAACUCGUCCGCCAUGGACCACGUUCUCAACCCUUGGCUUGUAGCCAACGACGGAUACAGUGUCCUAGGAAUAUGUGCUCUCUUGCUUGUGUUUGCCGCGGCAUAUCUCGUCUCCCUCGCCGUAUACCGCAUCUGGUUCCAUCCCCUCUCCGUGUUUCCGGGCCCGCCGCUGCUCGCCGCGUUCUACGCCCCAUACGUCUACCAUAACUAUCUCAGGGGGACCUGGACCGUGCAAACGGUCGGCAAGCUCCACCGCAGGUACGGCAACGUCGUGCGCAUCGGGCCCAACCACCUGGCUGUCGACGGCGCCGUGGCCUGGCCCCAGGUGUACGGGCACCGCAGGCAAGGGCAGCAGGAGUUCGCCAAGCUCGCUGGCGUCAGCGUGGGGGAGAACCACAGCAUCACCGACGCCCCUCUGGAGCUCCAUCGCCGACUGAGAAGGCAUCUCGGCGAGGCCUUCCGCGACUCGGCCACGGCGGCGCACGAGCCGAGAUUCGCGCUGCAUGCAGACCUGCUGCUCCGUCGCCUCGAAGAGCGAGCCGACAGAGCCGAGGUAGUGAACAUCGUCGACUGGCUCACGUUUGAUGCGUUCGAUACCUUUGGCGACUUCGCCCUCUCCGAGGCCUUUGGCUGUCUCGACAAGGCCGACUACCACCCCUGGGUGCUCGAGAUUGGACAAGGGAUUCGGGGCAUGUCGACACGCCGGGCAUAUCAGUGCUACCCGGUCUUGGGGCUCAUUGCGGACUCGUUUAGCGUCAAGAGGCAGGCGCAGCAUCUUUGGGACUUUCGAAAGAGCGUUCGGGCCGUGGCGGCUGAGCUCACGGAGCAGAAAAAGGAUGCCAUCGACGGAAAGCAGGAUUUGUUGACGCACAUGAUGCAAAAGCGACACGGCGUCGACGCAAUGUCUAUGCCCGAGAUUAUGGAAAACAUCCCCAUCUUCGUCCUCGCCGGAAGCGAGACAAAUGCCAAUUCGCUUUGCGGCUUCUUCUUCCACGUCCUCCAGCACCCCAACGUAUACGAGACGCUGACCCGCGAGAUCCGAACGGCGUUUAAAGCCGAGGAGGACAUCUCGUUUCGUUCCGUCCCCAGGCUGGAGUACAUGCAGGCCGCCAUCAACGAGGCUCUGAGAAUUUACCCGCCGGGCGCCGAGCUGCCGGCUAGAACAUCGCCCGGAACUUGCAUCGAGGGCAAAUAUGUUCCCGAAGGAGCUCGCAUUUCGGUGCAUCAGUAUUCGACCUUUCGCAACCCAGAGCACUUUGUUGACCCCGAGUCUUUCAUACCCGAACGAUGGCUGUCGAAGGAGCAUCCCCUUUACGACGCGCGCUUUCGCGAUGAAAACAAGGCCGUCUUCAAGCCGUUCAGCGCCGGACCCCGCGACUGCAUGGGUAAGGCUCUGGCGAUGCACCAUUUGCGCUACACCAUCGCUCGGAUUCUGUAUCGGUUAGACAUGACCCCCUGUCCGGGGCAGGAGGGCUGGCAAGAGGACCAGACUGUCCGCUUAUCUUGGGUCAAGGGGCCGCUAUAUGUCCGACUUCGGAGGUGUGCCGCCUAGGGGCCGUCCAAGGCGUUCUGAGCCUUGUUCGUCUUGGAGAGUCGUGGGAGCUCAUUUUCAUAUUCUGCGGAUACCUCUGAUCGAUCCCGGUGGUGCUGCCCAAGCUUCGACCAGCGAGCACUUGAGGCGAAGGAAAGUCAAAGCAAAGGAAAAAGGGAGGAGGGGAAAGGAACCGACGAGGAAGACCAGCAAAACGAUGGCCAAAGUGGCAAAACUUAACGGGUGGGCCAAGUCCGCCAAGAAAGCGGCCGUCAUCAGGGAGCGCGCUUCCCCUCAAGUUCGCUUUUUUCUCUCCGCAACAGGCUGUAG